CAGAAAUCUGGUCACCUUAUCAUAAACCCAAGAAAAGCUCGUCAAAAGGCGUUAUAGAUGCAAAGGCAUACAGGGAAGGACUUGGACCGUGCGAAAAAGCACGAUAUUUGAGGAAGUUAGAUUUGAUUGGUGGUGCAGAUCCCUACGAGUUGGCUCCCUCGUCUUGGAUCAAUGACGACCCGGAGAGUCUUCCGUCUGUUUGUUAUCCUGACAUCGUCAACUACCUGGUUUUCUCGCCAAGCCCAUACACAGCGGAAGACCUUAAAGCGUACAAAAGUUUGGAGGCCUAUAACCAGAUGGUGUGUGGAUGGGUGAGGGAGAUUCAAACCAAGUCAUCGACGACAGAUGUGUUGCGAAGGCCAAAGUUCUCCAUUCUCAAUCAAUCCGAGAAACACCCCUGGAACCCUGGAUAAUCGCUGAGAAGUCUGGUCGGAUACUUGGAGCCCACUGCACGUGUAUGGCUGGCCUCGGAGAGACGUGCACACAUGUUGCUGCAUUAUUGUUUCUCAUAAAAUAAACAGUGAAGUUGAGGGACUCAAAGACAGUGACGCAAGAGAAGGCGUAUUGGCUGUUACCUACUGCACUGUCUAAGGUGGAAUACAGGGAAUGCCGGAAGAUUGACUUCACUGUAACCAAGAGGUCUCAAGUAAAAGAGCUGGCAGGAUGAAAUGUGCUGCUCUUGGACAGCCACUUGAGGACCCAAGUGAUACUUCCACUUCUUCUACUGUUACAGUUGGGAAACCGCAACAGCCAACCAGUGAUGAACUGUCAUCAUUAUUCAGUGCUCUUAGCGCGACUGGAUCAUUUUACGUGUGUUGACAAUUUACCUCUUGUGUUGACGGAAUUGCGAAAAGACGAAGCAGUUCACAUGGACUAUAGUGAGCUAUUGUCCACAUGCAAAGAUGUUGAAAUUUCUGUUUCAGAGGAGCAAGCAAAGGCAGUUGAGGCCGCUACAAGGGAUCAAGCUUCCUCUAAACUGUGGUUUAGAUUUCGCGCUGGUCGAAUCACAGCAUCUAAAAUGAAAACUGCAUGUUGCACUGAUCCAAAACAGCCAGCUCAGAGCUUAAUCAAAAGUGUAUGCUAUCCUGAGUCAUACAGAUUCACAUCAAAAGCCACUACCUGGGGAUGUAAUCAUGAGAAAUUUGCACGUGAUAUGUUUAUAGAUGUACAUAAGGAAUCUCAUGAAAAUGUUAAAGUACACGACACAGGUUUUUUCAUAAAUCCAAGUGUGCCAUUCUUGGGUGCUUCUCCCGAUGGCCUUGUUUCUUGUGAUUGUUGUGGUGUCAGUGUAAUUGAAGUGAAAUGUCCAUUCUGUGUGAAAAGUGACAUGUUGGACAGUGUAUCCUAUUUGGAGAAGGACAGUGAAGGGAAACUGACACUUAACCGAAACCACCAGUAUUUCUACCAGGUGCAAACUCAACUUGGGGUGUGCAAACUGGAAUCUGCCUAUUUAGUUGUUUGGACAGAAAAGGAUUUGCAUGUUGAGUGCAUUUUAUUUGAUGAAGAGUUUUGGGACACAAUAUGCCAGAAAAGCAAGAAUAUUUUUGACACAGCCAUUAUGCCAGAGUUAGUUGGCAAGUUUUACACAAGGCUUUCAUCUACCAUGGCCAAUGUGUCCUCGCAACCUGGAGUAUCUACCUCGGCUGAAUCACAUGGCUCUGAUUGUGCUGCAAGUGCCAGUGGCCAAGAAGAAACCUGGUGUUUCUGUGGCCAGGUUGAGUUUGGAAAGAUGAUUUUGUGUGACAAUGCAAAAUGUCAUAUUAAGUGGUUUCACUACUCGUGCAUUAAUGUCAAGGUUGCACCAAAGGGAAAAUGGUAUUGCCCAAAGUGCCAAAAGCUACCUAAGUUUGAGCCAAAAAAGGGAAAGAAACCUUUGAAGUAAAAAAACAAAACUGUAUUUUUUAGUGGACUGUUGUGAAGUUACGCACUUCAGGCACUUUGUUUUAAUGUCGGUUAAAACAAUAUUUAAUUUAUUUAGAAACGUGUAUCUUUUUUGAAACUGUUCUUUAAAUAUUUUUAGCAUUUGAUUUCAAGUUGGUGAGAUUUUGCAAUGCUAUACUGACAAAAAAAGUUGUAAAACUCAAAUUACAUACAAAAUUAUGUUCGCACUAUAGUAUACUGUAUAUACUAUAAUUUAUAGUACUGUAUAGUUUAUAAGCUAUCUGUUCUGAUAACUGUGUGGUUUUCCUUUAAUAAAUCUGUGUUCUGAUGA